GCGGACUCGACCUCAGGGUGUCUACUUAAACUAUCCGAAGGACGUAUGUUCGGAGUUUUGAAAUCAGAUUUCUUCUUCAGUUGUUCAAACUUCGAGGUGUGCAACUGCUAUUUACAUCAUGAAUUCGACAAUCUCGGACGGUUUUCUCGGUGGUCUGGCAACGUGUGCGACCGACUGCUUCACCGCCGUUCUCAAGGACUUUUCGUGCUCUGCAACAGAUCAGACUUGCAUAUGCACGAAUGAAACCAUUAUGACCAACGCGAUCGGGUGUUUCUCAUUGCAGUGCACGCCCAAAGAUAAUCUCGCGUCGACAAACGCGACCAGAGCUGCAUGUGGAGUCCCUGAGGAGAGCCAGGCAGACCUGACUCCUGGCUUAGCAGGUGGACUGGGGAUGAUGGCUCUGAUCAUGGUGGUUUUGCGCUUGUUGCAGAGGACCUGUAUCAAGAAGUCUUUCGGAUGGGACGAUGGGUUGAUCUUGAUGGCACUGGUGAUGAAGAAAUAUGGCCUCGGUACAAAUAUCUGGACUAUACCCUUUGGUGAUAUUACCAAACAGCUCAAGUUGCUCCUCCUCGCGGAAGUCUUCUAUAUGCCUUCCGAAGCCUUCACGCAGCUUUCUUUCCUCACAUUUUACCUUCGCAUCUUCCCGCCGUCGAAAUAUCAAUACAUUGCUUAUGCCUUGGGAGUGUUAUCGGUCUGUUUCGGUACAUCCAACACCCUGAUAAUGAUCUUUCAAUGCACGCCAGUGUCAUUCUUUUGGACAAACUGGACUGGGGAGACCACCGGUUCCUGUAUUGAUAUCAGCGCGUACUCCUGGUAUCGUGCUGCCAUGCAGAUUGCGAUGGACAUGUCCAUUAUCGCUCUUCCUCUCUGGCCUCUGUCGACGCUGCAGAUUACCAUGAGCAAGAGGAAGAAGACUUUGAUCAUGCUGAUGUUCUGCACGGGUUUCUUGAUCACCGUCGUAAGUUGUCUGCGUCUGCAAUCUUUGAUCAAGUUCUCCAAGUCUGCCAAUAUCAGCAUGGACAACAAUCCCGCUAUCUAUUGGAGUAUCGUGGAAUGCGACGUGGCCAUCAUCUGCGCGUGCAUGCCCUGCAUUCCAUCUCUCUUCAAACCUCUCUUUCCAUCGUGCUUUGGAGACACCCGAAAGAACAGUAAUCCCGAGGAUGCGACACCACCACCUAUCCGCAUGGAGCGGAAGAAGAGAAAGGAGGACUUCAGUAUCCUCCACACAACUGCGUCGGAAGAUGCAUUGGUGAACGGCCGAUAA